CCUACCUCGCCCCAUUGAGAGUUUAAACUCUAGGGACUUUUUGUACUGUUCUUGCUGAUUAGCCUUUUCUUCUAAUAAAUACUUCGUCAUCUAUCUAUUUUUCAGAUCAAGUAUUUUAUUUAUCUUAUUUUUUCUCUCGUACUUUUUAUAGGUUGGCCUAUAUGUGCACCAUGGACUGGGCAGUUCCGUGUCUUGACUGCUUUUCUUGGCUGGAGAUGGCCAUGGAGGCGGGUACUACAGUUCUCACCCUUUGGCUUCAGAUGUUCGGGCCGGCAAGGGAAGAUAAGAUGGUGCUUGUCACCUUUCUUUCUUUUGUAGUCGGCCUUCACCUCAUGAGCUUGUCGAUUUAUUACCUUCAUAAGCUGGGAGUUUCUGAGAUUGAUGUCACCAACCCGACAAGAUGGUAUGCGGUCUUACUCACGUUUGUCUUUGGUGGCACCAUCUCAACCUUCUACGCACUAUGCCGUCAUGCCUACUAUGACGGUCACCACAACUAUUAUCUGGCUUGGGCGGUGUGGUUCUUUGGGGUGGCGUUUGAGGUAGCCAAGCUCGGCUGGUCAAUUCUAAGACGCUUCGAAUGCGUGCAACUGAAGGUUCAUCAGGAGGGUUUCGUCAAGGAUGAACGCCUAGUGAUUUUUAUCAAAAUGAUGACAUCUAUUCUGGGUGUGGCCGUGAAUUGGAUGGAGUAUAAUGAGCUUAGGGAAGAAGAUACAGCUUCAGCCCAUUUGCUCCUGAGUUUGUGCGAGGCCAGGAUGUUUGCAUCGGCUUUUCAGUUUGUGGUGAGAUUGUGUGAUGUUCUGAGGACUCCACAUCGUCAGCCUGGUCCUCCCGAGUCGCUACGACAGCAGCGCCAGAACCUGAACGCUCGCGAACUCAAGGCCCAGCUCAAGGCGCUGCUCAAGCCCCAGCUCAAGGCGCUGGCGCUGAUGAUGGUGUCCCCGCUGAAGGAGCGGCUCAAGCUCCAGCUCAAGGCCCUGGCGCUGCUCAAGUCCCAGCUCAAGGCGCUGGCGCUGCUGAUGGUGCCCAAGGCGCUGCUCAAGCCGGUGCUGGUCAAGACGUUCACGGCGCUGCUCCAGAUGUGGAGUGAUUCUCGAAACGACACCAAACCAGCCAGCGAGCUGGUCACAUGGUACAAGCAACUCACCUUGAAGCGCAGCACCGAAAUUGCAGCGCUCGCCAAGUGCCUACGCGUGGCCCCCACUAUGCCCACCUCCAAGCUGUUCAAAACUGAACUUAGAGGAGGAGGAGGGUAA